CGCAGCAAGAGGCGCAGUCCACUCUACGCUCUCCAUGUUGGAACUGAGCAACUUGUCCAGCCGACCCCAACCGUCAGCCACAGCCCUCCUGCAGUUCCCUGAAGUCUAGUUGUCUCACACUGUCCCCGUGAUAUGUCGCUGGACGGGGAAGGAAGCUCGGAAACAACUAUAUGAACGCUGUCCUGGUCGAUGCACAGUGAGACAGGCUGCUCCAACAAAGGGUUCUGGAUGCUUUGUCUCCUGCUGCUCAGGUGAAAGAGGAAAAGCAGGUUGUCAGGAUGAAGGAAGAGAAUUUGUUCCAUCGGAGGUUUUCUCUGUGCCCCAGCACCACCUCCCCGCCCAAAAUUGACGCCCGCUCCCUCACCCGGAACCUGUCUUAUGGAGGAGACAACGACCUCUACAACUUCAGCCCAGGCAGAGAGACAGACAGGGACGGUCUCUCCAUGCUGAGUAAUGAACUUAGCCCUGCCCAAUCACCAGGCAGCAAGAAUAACCAAAGUGCCUGUGUGGACUCACCAAAUACUAUGUCUGAGUCCAGGAUGUUUGAUGGUGUUGAGAAGGAUUGCCCCUCCCCCACAGAGAAGCUGGCCCGAAAGGAGUCUCUCAAGGUUCAAAAGCAGAAUUACAGGCAGGAGAAGAAACGGGCAACUAGAGAACUGUUCAGUGCACUGAAGGACCCUAGUGUUGUCAUCAUGUCCAGCUGGCUGAAGAUCCGUGGCUCUUUAAAGAGUUGGACCAAGCUGUGGUGUGCCCUUAAGCCUGGAGUUCUUUUGAUUUACAAGACGCCCAAAACGGACCACUGGGUGGGCACCAUACUCCUCAGUGCAUGCAAGCUGAUUGAGAGACCCUCCAAGAAGGACGGCUUCUGCUUCAAGCUCUACCACCCACUGGACAAAUCCAUCUGGGCUGUCAAGGGUCCCAAAGGAGAGAAUGUUGGCUCCAUCACGCAGCCUCUACCCAGCAACUACCUGAUCUUCAGAGCUGCCUCAGAGUCUGAUGGCCGGUGCUGGAUGGAUGCCCUGGAGCUAGCUCUCAGCUGCUCCAGUCUCUACAAGCUGACAGCCAAAGGAGGGAGAGAAGGAGAUAUCAGCACAUCAUCAGAGUCCUCCCAUAUACUCCACCUGCUGCAGUCUACUGCACUCACUGACACAGAGGUGCUACAGUUGAAUGACACCCUAUUGCUGGGCAAUCACCACAUGGAGCAUGACGGUUUUUCAGACAAAUCAGAGCGCGAGGCUCAUGACGACUGGGACACUGCAGCCAAUGAGAACGGUGGAAGGCUGACAGAGGAGAGUGACAUGGACCAAUCAGAUGAGCUCUCCCCUGGGCCGCAGGCCACAGCCUACGUCGAGCAGAGCACAGAGGAGAUGGCUGAGGCUGGAGAGGCGUCCCAGGUGGAGACUGUAUCAGAUGAGAACAAGGGGCUUAUCUGGGGUUUGCUGAAGCAGCUACGGCCGGGCAUGGACCUGUCCAAGGUGGUGCUGCCUACCUUCAUUCUGGAGCCACGCUCUUUCCUGGAUAAGCUGUCUGACUACUACUACCACGCUGAUCUGCUCUCACAAGCUGCACUUGAGGAGAGUGCAUACAGCCGGAUCAAGCAGGUGCUGAGAUGGUACUUGUCUGGCUUCUACAAGAAGCCCAAGGGUCUGAAGAAGCCAUACAAUCCAAUCCUGGGGGAAACAUUUCGCUGCUGCUGGCUCCAUCCUCAAACUGACAGCUGCACUUUCUACAUAGCAGAACAGGUGUCCCACCAUCCACCCAUCUCUGCCUUCUAUGUCUGCAAUAGGAAGGAUGGUUUUUCUAUCAGUGGAAGCAUCCUGGCCAAGUCCAAGUUUUAUGGUAAUUCCCUGUCAGCCAUUCUGGAUGGCAAAGCCAGGCUGCUGUUCCUGAGCAGGGAUGAGGAGUAUGUCAUAACCAUGCCCUAUGCUCACUGUAAAGGGAUCCUGUAUGGGACUAUGACACUGGAGCUAGGCGGGAAGGUCACCAUUGAGUGUGAGAAAACAAAAUGUUUCACAGAGCUGGAGUUCAAACUGAAGCCUUUCCUUGGAGGCUCCUGUUCCGUGAAUCAAAUCAACGGGAAGAUCUUCGUUGGAGAGGAGCUAGUGGCCACAGUCGAUGGACACUGGGACAGCAAGGUGUUCAUUCAUGAGAAGUGCUCAGGCCAGCAGGAGACGCUGUGGAACCCAAGUCCAGACAUUCGCAGCAGCCGUCUUAAGAGACAAGUGGUGCAAAUCGACCAGCAGGGAGAGUUUGAGUCUGAAAGAUUGUGGCAGUAUGUGACCAGUGCCAUCAUGGAUCGGGAUCAGCUACGGGCCACUCAGGAGAAAUUUGUGCUGGAGGAAGCUCAGCGGAGAGAGGCCAAGGACAGAGGAGACAAACCUUGGGUCCCACACCUUUUCCAUCAACACCCAAUCACCUCUGAGUGGACCUAUAUACACAUGGACAAGCAACCGUGGGACCCGGAGCGCUGUCUGGUUCAGUUUGAGAAGGAUGGAGUGAUUCAAACACAGGAAAAAAGCCAGAGACAACACAACGGCCUCUCCUACAGCCACAGCUGGGCCAGCCAGCAGAAGGAUGAGGUGAAUAGGAAGCACCGGAAGGCCAGCAGCCAGCCAUCCAGCUGCAGCCAGAACACCGAGAGCAGCAGCACCACACCAGAGCCCACACACGAGUCCUCGGACAAUGAAGGGUUUUCAAACCAAUGUGCACGGUGCAAUAAAGAAGUGAAGGACAUCGCCCUGAUAGAGGCCUCCAUCACAUCUAUACAGAAGACACAGCAGGACAUUCAGAGGAACCUGGUGGCUCUGGGUCAUCAGCUGGCUCGCCAUAGAAUGGCAGAUGACGGCAUGUCGUUAACAGGCCGUCACUGUCUCAUCCUCUGUGUUCUGCUCAUCUCUCAGCUCCUCAUCAACUAUGUCUUCACCUGAUCCCGCUCCUCGGGGAGGAGUUUCCCUCAUGCAUUGAUCUGGCAUUAAAAGCACAGACACUAACAGGGGAAGGAGGGGCCGAGACUUCAGAUCAGUGCCAGGAGGGCAACUUUGUCCCUUACCCUCCUAGAGGGGAGAAGCAAGGACCUUGCAGCAAUAAACACAGCCAUCACCUGUCAGUCAUCUGCAGAGAGGAACGGCACCCUCUAGUGUAGCCAGACUGAAACAGCACCGGCACCCACGCACUUUGGACAGGACAGGAAGAGCCAAAAGGAUUUUAAAUAAAACGUUAAAAUGUAUGAUCAAGAUGAAGAAUGAUUUUACUAAAAGAAAUGACAGAAAGGAUGUUUGUCCAUUCCGUAGUGUCUUUUUUUAUAUUACCCUGCAAUACUGUUUAUCUGUGAGUAUGUGUGUCCUUUGUACCUACAGUCAGCCCUAUGGGCGCAGGCACAUCACCACUUGGACCUCUCCUACUCCCAUUCCACUCUAGAUUUUGGGCCUUAUCACUGAAGCCAAAAAGAAGAAGAAACACAACACAAAAAUCUUCCAACAGUGCAAUUUUGUAUCGAUGUACACUCAAAUACACUCUGUCUUGUCUUUUGAUGAAGAUUUUACCAAAACAGUAUUUAUAAUCUGAAAGGACAAACAGCACUUGUUUACAAGGACACAGGAAGGAAGGUUAAGAGGAAUGCGGCAGGGCAGAGAGCCACACUGUGUGUCUUUGUACUUGUUCCUGUAGCAUAGUGUUGCUUUUGGUCUAGACCAUGACACUAGUGUGGACAGUUGGUUACAUAAAAAAAAACUGUGUGGAGGAAAGGACGGAGGGGAUGAUGAGUAGAACAACAAGACAGGAAUUGGACACUGUGCAUCUUGGUCCACAACAUGUUCAAGUGACUGAAGAUAUGAACACCUAGUAAUGAAUAGUUUUAUUUCUUUGAAUCUGUUUGUAAAUAUAUGUCUGGUGGUCUGCGUUUCAAACUUAGAUUUCAGAAUGUAUUUAUUGGGUGAUUAGCCUUGACUUUCCUAAUCUAAUUCAGUUUGGAGGACGGAGACCAGGGGUAACAAUCGCUCUCCCAGGGUUGUGUGGGUUUUCAUAGUUGUCAUAUGUGUGUGUAUGUGUCAGUGUGAGGUGGCACGUGUGUGAGAAAGCCAUUAUGGUUGUGCUAAACAGUGUCACAUCUGUGAUCCUGGUUUUUAUCCAUUGAAUUUCAGUCUGUUACCAAUACUGAUCUAGCCAACGGGAGCAAAUCAGAGAGCACAAGAAGCAAGUUGACUCUUUGAAUACUGUUAUUUACACUUUAGUUUUUAUCUUUUUCUUUUAAUUCUGUUCCUGUUUUCUACUCUACUGCCACACUGUGGGGAUUCUACAUGCCUGAUAUUUUUGUUCUAUUGAACAAAACAACAGAGAACAUGAUGAUGUCUGAUGUUUUCAUUCAUACCUGUUGCAUACUGUAGCACUACAGUAAAACAUUUUAACCCUG